AUUCGCAUUUAACAGGCAGCGCACUAACACGCAUAAAGCCAAUACCGUCUAAGAAACACGACUUUAAAGGCAACGGAAUCACUCCUACUAGCAAACGCAUUCCAUGCCAUCGAAUUGCCCCCGGGUGUCCAUGGCCAGAUAUCUGGUUUGGUUGAACAUAUACACGUUGUCGAGCGCUCUAUCGCGCUUGAGACCACCGGAAACGCUAUUUGGGUCGUUCUCUCCACUAUUCUUGAACGCGGACUCAACUUCCUCCUUCGCCGGUCGCGACUUUAGAGGGCCUCGCGGGAGUGCUGCCAGGAGUCUUCAGAGAUGUCUGAAAGAAAUGUUGAUGGUUGUUGACAAAUCGUUCGAGCUGAGUAUUGGGUUGUUGACGUUGACGAGAAUUAAGAGGGAGGGUCUCAGGCUAUCAGAGCUGUUCUUGCGUCACACCAUCUACCUUCACUGCUCUAUCUCAUACGUCAGUAAUCGGGAAUCUGACCGUCGAACGCGAUCGCAAUGGCACAAAGACUAGCCUCGACUUUACUUUAGCUUGCAGCUUGCAGCGGCCGAGAAGUGACGUUGCA